AAUAGGAAAUGACGUUUCUUGGUCCGUCAGAAAAAUAUUGUCGAUGUGAAACACGAGUCUGAAAAUGUCAGCUUUGCACAUGUUCAUGAGCUCUAUCAAGCGAUUUUACGCAAAGUUACUUUCAUUUCACUCUGUCAUUAAGCUUUAUUUGUAGCCCCCAUAUUCAUAUACAUGCCUAUCCACAAGCGAGGCAAACUAAAUAUUUAAUAAUUUCGUAGUUUCCCACGGACAUUGUAAGGAUACACACGCAUAGAUGAUUUGUUAGUUUGGCGGCAGAUAGUGAACACAUGCAGGCCAGGGGACAUGAAAAGUUUUAAAAUAAGUAGCAUAUGCACUGAAUUAGAAUGGAGAAACACGUGAAGAAAGAGAAAUGUGAUGCACCUAGUUGCAGUCAUGCUGCAGAUGUAAAGUGCUCAAAGCCAUGCAGGGUCUUUUUCUGAGCCAGUUCGGACUCCCCUCACUGGUCCCGUGCAUACACAAUACACUGCACACACUCAGACAUCUGUCCAGUUUUAAUACUCACUAUUCAAACCUGUUGAGUCAUGGAGCCCUAGCAACAUCCCCUGUCCUCAUCCACAUCAGGGGCUCCAGACAUCACUCUCUACCCUCACUGCAGGCCCCUGUCAACCCUGUGACCAUCACUGAUAUGAGAAAGUACCUGUCCUCCAGAGGAGUCCCCUUCCAGGAUGGCUACAGUUGCCUGUGCAUCGCUAGUCCAUUAAAGGCUUCUUGUGGGGACAGAUCUGGUGCUGCAGACAAGAGGAGCUUUGGUCUGUACAUUGAUAAGACCACAGGGAGCUUCCUUUGUAUGCAGACACAGGUACAGGGGAGCUGGGAAGAGCUGAAGGAGUAUGUGGCGCUGCUGCAGAGGGAUGGGAAUACUGCAAUUCUGUCUCCACAACAAGCCUGCGAAAAUGCUAGGAGUCUGGAUAACAGACUGGAGAAGGAGAGGGAAGCCCAGGAGGGUCAAAAGAUCUGGAUGGCAAGCAAAGCGUUUUCAGAUCUCCUGAAAGAGGAGUCAGAAUAUGUGAAAGCCAUGUUUAGCAUGAGCAAGAUCUCUAGUGCCACCCUGAAAAAGUUCUGUGUGAAGUUCUACAGACCCACCCAAAGUCUGGUCUUCCCCUGGUUCAGCCCGCAUACUCUAAGCCUGAAGGGAAUUAAGAUGGUUUCUGUUAGAGAGGAUGUGGGCACCAAUAACCUCUACACCCAGCUCACCCUCCCCAGACCAGCCAGGUACCACAACCUGUUCGGCCUCUCUCUGAUCCAGCAAUCAGAUUCCCAGGUUGUUCUGACAGGCCAUGAAGUGGAUACUCUGGCAGUGAGCCAGGCUACAGGCAUCCCCAGCCUGACUCUACCACGUGGACCCAGCUGCCUGCCCCCAGUUCUACUCCCCUACCUGGAACAAUUCAGCAAGGUGACACUGUGGCUGGGAAAAGACCCAGCCUCUUGGGAGGCCUCCAGGGACCUCUCCCGUAAGCUGGGCCCUAGCCGAUGCUGGCUGGUGCGGCCAGGAGAACACCAACCAAGCCCCAGGGAUGCGUUGGCCUCCAGGGUGAGCCUUUCAGGGAUCCUCCGUAACGCCGUCCCUGCUGAGCCUCAGGCAGUGGUCUCAUUCCGUCAGCUAAGACAGGAUGUUCUUGGUGAGAUGAAGAACAAGGACAGGCUGGCUGGCGUAAGGUGGUCACGCUUUUCACAGCUCAACAGGAUCCUCAAAGGACACAGGAAAGGAGAACUCACAGUGCUCACAGGGCCUACAGGCAGUGGGAAGACUACUUUCAUCAGUGAGUGUGCGCUGGACCUCUGCUCACAGGGAGUGGGGACGCUGUGGGGCAGCUUUGAGAUCAGUAACGUGCGCCUGGCCCGAGUGAUGCUCACCCAGUACACCCGGAGCAGGCUGGAGGACGAGCUGGAGAGGCAGCCGCAGCUGUGCCAUACCUGGGCCGACCGUUUCCAGGAGCUCCCACUCUACUUCAUGACCUUUCAUGGGGAACACAACAUUAAGAUUGUGCUUGAGACCAUGAAGCACGCAGUGUAUUUGUAUGACAUCAGCCAUGUUGUCAUCGACAACCUGCAGUUUAUGAUGGGACAGGAGAGUCUUCAUGUGGACAAGUUUGCACUGCAGGACCACAUCAUUAGUGCUUUCAGGCAAUUUGCCACCAGCACCAGUUGUCACGUGACCUUGAUCAUCCACCCCAGGAAGGAGGAGGAGGGCAGCCUGCAGAUGGCGUCCAUCUUUGGCUCUGCUAAGGCCACUCAGGAGGCAGAUAAUGUGCUGAUCUUGCAGGACUGGACCAGGGUGGGGGGCACAGGUCGCCGGAUGCUUCAGGUCGUCAAGAAUCGCUACGACGGAGAAGUGGGAGCUUUCCCUUUGGAGUUUAACAAGACUACUCUCUCAUUCUCCGGCCCCCCAGCCAAGAACCCGCAGCCACCACCCAAACCUCAGGGCAAGGUCAGAGGGGAAAGUUCAAAGGCUGUCAAGAAGCUUCUGCUCCUACAGACGAGAAGUUCACUGAAUAGACCAAACCAAAUAAAGGUGUGAAGGUGGUUCAAAUGGAUCACAGAGCUAUGAACACGCCUGCACAUGGGUAGGUAAGGAAGACAGCCAUGUUCAGAUGAAAAAUGUUUCUUGUCAGGAAAUUGGUUUGAAAAAGUUUCCUCAUAUACACAUUUUGUAGCUGCUUUUAAAAAAAUCACUUUUCAGCAAUUAGAAAACGUGAACGGCAUAGGGAUGCCAUUAAUUGCUCACACUAAAUAGAAUGUAAAUGAAGCCUCAGAGCAGAGGUUUAAACAGUACCUUUGAAAUCCACACUACAGCUACCAGAAAGAUUUCAUUAGUUUAGAUACCUUGGUCUCAACAGAUUCAAAUCAUUUUUGAAGUGAGAAAAUGUACGGCUUUUUCUGUGUGCAAUUGCAUGUAUCAGAUAAUCCUUAGAAAUACUUUAUCUAUUUAUAAAGUACAUAUUUACAUCACAGACACGUUAUAUUAGAGUUAGUCUACUACACCUAAACCAGUCUAGUAGUCAGCACAGCACAGUUAAUUAUAUGAAUAACAGUUAAUGGCCGUUAACAGUUACUAAUACUGUCAUUUCAUUAUUUUAUUUAUUUCAUGUAAGUCAGAUAUUUUUGCACACUUUGUUAUCACAAAUCAAGCUGAUUUGGAACUCUGAUUUUGGCCAGUUGAAAGCACCUUAAACAAAUACUUGCCUCAUAAUCGUACAUAAUCAUUUAGCAUUGGACGGCACUGUGGUCUACAUUAGCUAUCCAGGCAAAACAUUGUAAUAUCCUCCUGUAUAUGUCUCUAUAUAUUCAUUCAAAUGAAUUUAAAUAAUGCGGAAGUUCUAUAUUUUCACACAUUUAUAAUAAAAAACAAAAAAAUGUACAUUGCACUUCCUGUGUCUGUCCAGUAGGGGUCAGGCUCUACCCAGCUACUGCAAACUACUCACACUGAAGCCCUAUUGAUGUUGAUGAGAUGGAGAUGCAGAGGUUUUCUGAAGGCACUCACAGCCCCGUACAGACCUCACAGAGGUCACUGCCAGGCUGUGAUACUGCUCUGCCUUUAUUAAGAAGAUUUAUGCUAGGAUUGCCCACCCCCUCUUGUUCUCUCAAUACCUCCCCCCCCCCCCCCCGGAUUAAAAGGCUAUAUUUAUGCCUGAGCAGAUUUAAAUGGCUGGAACAUUUUCAACACUGUGUGAGUUGCUUAGUAAUAGGCAUGGGGGUGGAGUUUGGAGAUGUGUGACCUGUAACCGUUGGUGAUAGAACUGUCUCUCGGUGACCUCACGUCACAAUACAGGAACAGCUCACGGUGUGCCUCACAAGUAGACUGAAGCAGUGAGGUGAAAUCACUGACUGAGCUUUCAGAUAUUGUUAAUACCUAAGUCUGGUUGGGAUAAAGGCUUAGUUGGCUGUUCCCAAAUCAGUUAUUUAUAAGUCACAGUUGCACAAAGUGUUCUGCUCACAUUUACCGACGUUGUGCCAUAAAUACACUUGUCCUGCUUCCUUUGUAGAAUCCUUGGCCAUUCCGUUGCUCAUUGGUACUCCAAGUCGGCGCACUGAUUCUUGGGACCUGUAUUCCAGGUUGAACAUUUUUCUCUGUGUCUUUUUAUCGGUCAUAACAUGAAUAGUUAUGUGUGUUUCUAUUAAACGUUAUGGACGAUGGAUGUUCGUGUUGCCAUUCCGGUAUUGGUUUCAAGUGGACCGUGCACCCAACAUUCUCAUACGGUUGCUCUCCUAAUUAGGCU